UACAUUUCUAUAAAGAAAAAAAACCCGUCAGUACAGUUUUUGAAGGGCUGCGAGACAAGGCUUACUCAAUCAUUUGCCUGCAACAUCAUUACCAGAACACUUUACAGAGUUAAUUUAUUUCUUGUUUUUCUGAGAAGUUUGAAUACUAACAAAGAACAAUGAUCUGGACGGUCUUUCUAUUACUUUCUUGUGUUACACUGGCUCAAUCCCAGGAUAACAGUUGCCCAGAUAUGCAUCAGUAUGAUUCACAUGGAGCGAAAGCUGUCGUAAAAUACCUGACAGUCGAGGCAACACCCGAUUCAAAGGCAGUGACAAAGCGAAAGGUUGUGUUGCCAGCGGGCUCAACCCUACUUCAAGGAAUGCUAGUCGCACAGUAUGAGGAUGAGCUUGGAGAAUUUAGAUUUGAAACCAGCUACCAUGCGCAGUAUGGUCACUUCAUGACGUCAAUCAACGGCGUCAAGAACAGUCAUCCAUUCUACUGGACUGUGUAUGAUGCUGACACCAAUACACCUCUAUCUUGUGGUGUCGACUCUACAUAUCCAGAACAUGACGAACACUUUCUCUGGAGAUAUGAAGAAUGCUGUACUGAGUAGUAUUAACAUUUCCAAAUUGUAGCUAAAACAAUAAUAAAAUAAUGAAGGAUUAUAUUGCAUUUCCAUAUUUUAUGAAUAAAAAGUAGUGUUGUCUCUGAAUGUCAAUAAAAUUUGAGUAUAGUUCCUAA